GGCCGCCCCAGCAGACACAUCUCCUCCUCCUGCUCCUCCUCCUCUUGCCUCCCUCAGUAGCUCAAGCAAUCUUAUCGUAUCCACCUGGCUAUCUGUUCCUCACGUGACACCUAGCAGUAAUUAAGACAGACGCCAUGAAGCAGUUCGUGUCCAUCCUCCUCCUCGCCCUCUGUCUCGCCUCCGCCUCCGCGCUGCCCAAAGACACCCUGAGCAACGCCCUAAAAGAAAACGGGGUAGGGGACGAGGACGAGGGGGCAGGGCGGUUCGGGUUCCUGACGGUAAACGAAGAGGGGGCGAAGCUCACCUUCAACUCCACGUCCCUGCAGUACGCCGUGGUCAUCGGGGUGGUGCUCCUCAUCCUGGGCCUCGUCGUCAUCCCCCUCAUCGGAUUUGACGUCGCCAAGCUCUUCUCCCCUCGCGACAGCUACGACAACCACUACGGCUACGACACGAACAACUACUCCUCCUACACGAGCUACGCCAAGAGGUCCCUCGAUGUGCUGUCCCCCGUCCUGACUGCCUUGGCGGAGGGCUACAAGAAGUACGACUAAUUGGCUGAGGUGUGAAGACCGCGCCCCAAACAUAAUUACAAGGUUACAAAGAGAACGACUAAUGGCCUGGGGUGUCAGGAACGCUCCACACACAUGAUUAUGCCUUCAUUAGAUCCUACCUCCUCCCUAUCCCUCUUCCUGCCUUUGCUCUUCUUCCCUCCCCCUGUCUUCUUAUCUACUCUCUAUACAUCACCUUGUGGUCCUCCUGCUCUUCUUCCUUCCCCAACAGCCAUAGCCAUAUAGGGGGAAGGGGGUGGCAAAGAGGGGGCAUUCUUCCCUUAGCUCCGGUUCAGAGAUACCAUGCGGCCAAGUCAGGGUUUAAAGAUAGACUUGAUUUCCUUCUCCUCUGGUAAAACGAAACAAGAACUUGCACGAGAAUCAACUAUAUGAGGAAUAGAACAGGUACAACGAUGGACUGAAUUGACAGCUUUAAGAUACGAACACAAGAUAGCAUUAGAAAGUAAGGCGCCUUUUGCAGACAGACUCCUUACGUUCUUAUGUUUUCUUAUGUUCUUAUGGUAACUGACUGACUGAUUGACGAUAGAGUUGUUUUUUACAGUAAAGGAAGCAGCUCAAGGGAAAAAAAAAAAUAAUAAUAAUAAUAAUAGUGAGAAAAAAAAGCCCGCUAAGCCUAUGAAAAGCCCUAUACAAAAGUGUUUAGAAGUGGGCUAGAACGGGAAAACUGAUUAAUGAAAACCCGUCUAAUUAUAUAUGUGGCCUGUUUUGUGAUCCUAUUGUUAGUUUUAUCCGACUUCUGCGCCUAGAACGGUAAAACUGACCUAUAAAAACCCCGUCUAAUUAUAUCUGUGGCCUGUUUUGUGAUCCUAUUGAUAGAUGAAUCCGAUUUCUGCAUCUAUAGCGGGAUAACUAACACAUGAAAACCCGUCUAAUCAUAUCUGUGGCCUGUUUUGUGAUCCUAUUGAUAGAUGAAUCCGACUUCUGCAUCUGUAACGGGAUAACUAACCCAUGAAAACCCGUAUAAUCAUAUCUGUGGCCUGUUUUGUGAUCUUAUUGAUAGAUGAAUCCGACUUCUGCGUCUAGAACGGGAAAAGUGAUCCAUGAAUAUCCGUCUAAUCAUAUAUGUGGCCUGUUUUGUGAUCCUAUUGAUAGAUGAAUCCGACUUCUGCGUCUAGAACGGGAAAAGUGAUCCAUGAAUAUCCGUCUAAUCAUAUAUGUGGCCUGUUUUGUGAUCCUAUUGAUAGAUGAAUCCGAUUUCUGCAUCUAGAACGGGAAAACUGAUCCAUGAAAACCCGUCUAAUCAUAUCUGUGGCCUGUUUUGUGAUCCUAUUGAUAGAUGAAUCCGAUUUCUGCAUCUAGAAUGGGAAAACUGAUCCAUGAAAACCCGUCUAAUCUUCUGUGUGGCCUUAGAAAAAUGUUGUAGUGGGAGUCCGAUACGUUUAAGAAUAUAGACCUUACUCCCUAUUGGUGCAUGUUACUACGGCUGGCGGCCAAUGACAUGACGAGGACGCUCAAAAGCCCAUCAGUUUCAUUUUGUGAAUAAGUAAACUAUUAUAUGUAUGUGUGUGUGUGUAUUUUAUUGUUAUUUAUUAUCGUUUAUUGUUAAUUCAUCAUCGUUUUAUAGGAAUCACUUGUUGCUAUUUAUACCUACACGUUAGUUAGUAUGUUAUUUAUGUAUGUAAAAAAUAAUAAAGGUGAGAUUGUA